GCUGCCUCACCAUGAGCGAUAAAUGAACGAGCCGUGCGCGAACGUUGUCAGCGGUCUGUUAAUCUUUAAACGCCGACCGCGAAUGACGGACACAAAAAGACAGUAUGGAUGCCCUUUCGACUGUACGUACGUACGAGCAGUUCCGGCAGGAUUUCCCACACUGGCUGCUGAAUGUGCGCAAUCCGGCGGAACUGUUCAACGCGCAACCGAGCUACGUCGUUAGUCAAGCUUUCUGCAUCGUUGGUGGAUUGCUGAGCCUAGCACACGCCUUACACCGGGGCGGCAGAUGGCCCUUCCUGUGGAUGGCCAGUGCGCUGACCGGGGUGCUGGUCGAAGGUUCCAUGUACUUUUCGCCGUACGGUGAAACGAUCUGGUUCAGCCCGACCGUGAUUGAUCUGUUUCAUCAGCGAAUACCGUUGUUCAUUUUUUUCGUCUAUCCCUUCUUCUACUAUCAAGCGUUUUGGGCUGCUUCGAAGCUGCAGCUCAAGUGUCGCUGGUCGGAACAUAUCGCCGUCGGUCUGUUGGUAGUGCUGGCCGAUUUGCCCUUCGACAUGGUUAGCAUCAAAUUUCUCCACUGGACACUGCACGACACAGAGCAGCUGCUGAGCGAGCGCGUCUACUCCGCCCCGUGGACGCUGUUGCUGUUCUUUGCCGUGGCCAGCUUCGUCUUUUCCUAUCUGUUUCACAACUUGCGCAGCUGGAUGGAUCGGUCAGUGGAGGCCCAUCCGACGGAUCGUCGUUGGGCUGUGGGGACAAUCGGAGCGGAGCUAGUGGCAAUGGUCGGGGCUGCCAGUGUUUCCCUUUCCGUUGGAACGGGUCUGUUCCUUGCGUUCAGCUAUCCCCUGCACACCGUGCUUGGCAUUCCCCAUCGGAUCAUCGUGAUCGGUGUGUUCUUGUGUGUGGCGACCGUUCUCUGGAAGUUUGAUCGUAAAAGCAAUCGCCGGAUGCCAAUGACUCAAUCUCUGCUGGAUCACUCAUUGAAUGUCAUCACAGUGGGACACUUUGUGCUAUACUUUGUGCUAGCAUUCGUCCUCAACCCAGAAGACACUGUUUCAAGCGGUAGACAUCAACCGAUUGGCGAUUGUCGCCAUACGACUGGUACCAACGCUCCUCCACUCUGUCUCGAUACGUUCAGCAGGGCCUAUUAUGAUUUCCACUGCAUUUCGAAGCCACCGAACGUUGGCGCUUAUUGGUACACGGUCUGUGGCACGCCGUACGAGAAUCGAGCUGAAUUUUUGUUCGCAAUGGCAGUUAUAACAUUUAUCGCCGCGCUCGUACAUUGGACAAUUCACUAUGACUUUGAUGUGCGGUUUAAAAUCUACGACUUUGUCAAGCGAACUUCAUCGGCCAAGAGUGGAAACAAUAAAAAGGUUUUGUAACUUUCUUAACUGAUGUAAUAAUACCAAAAAACAUGUUUAAAAUAUUUGGUGCAUUUUCGCUACAAACACA